AUAAAUCACCGGCGAAGGAAAAGUAGAAGAGGUGAGCACCUGAAGAAAAGAACGGGAAAAUGAACUAACGUUUACAGAAACCAUGAAACCCGUGUCAUAGAAGUCAGAAGGUAAUGUAGAAGAUGAACUAACAAGAGAAAUCUACAAUAACAAUUGCUGUAAGUUCAGGAAUCUCAGAUAAACCAGGAUGGCAGCAAGGUCAGAGGAAGUGCUGCUCAUUGUUAACAAUGUCCGCAACAAGAAGACGGAUGGGACGUUAUACAUGAUGGGCGAGAGAAUGGGAUGGAUGCAGGGCAGCAAAAGCACAUUCUCCAUCAGCUAUAUGUAUGCCGACAUUAAAGCCCAGAAAAUUUCUCCCGACUCUAAAGAGAAGGUUCAGUUACAGUUGGUUCUACAUGAUGGAGGGGCCAACACAUUUCACUUCAUCAACCCUAAGGGACGGGCAGCAGCUAUUGCUGACCGAGACAGUGUAAAGGACCUCCUACAACAGCUGAUACCAAAAUUCCGACGGAAACUCAGCAGUGAAUUGGAGGAGAAAAACAGGAUGCUGCAGGAUAACCCUGAGUUAUUCCAGUUGUACAAAGACCUGGUAGUAACUGGAGUCAUCACAGCUGAUGAAUUCUGGGCCUCAAGGAAAAACCAAAGCAAUACAAAACCAGAGAAGUCACAGAGCGUUGGAGUAUCAGCAGCUUUCUUGGCUGAUAUAAAGCCUCAGACAGAUGGAUGUAAUGGAUUAAAAUACAACCUGACAGCAGACAUCAUUGAGUCUAUUUUCCGAACCUAUCCCAUGGUGAAGAAGAAGCAUGCAGAGCAUGUUCCACAUGACAUGACGGAGAGUGAGUUCUGGACGAGGUUUUUCCAGUCCCAUUACUUCCACAGAGAUCGGACCGUGAUGGGAACAAAAGAUGUAUUCUCAGAUUGUGCCAAAAGUGAUGAAAAAGACAUGAAAGAAGAGAUUUCUGUGAAAAUGUCCGACCCCUUCCUGGAUCUCACUAAAAUCUCAGACUCCUCUGUUCACGAGGAUUAUCGAGGACAAACAGAAGACACACGGAUCAGUAGUAAUGUAACGAACGGAACCAUGAUUCGUAGAUUUAAUCAUCACUCAACAAUGGUGCUAAAGGCUUGUACAAAAGUCUCACAAAGCGCUCUGAACUCUAAUCAGAAAGACCAUGCUUCACAGCAGAGCAAUACUCAAAAUGGCAGUGAUGCUCCCAAGGUGAAUGGGGUGGCCAGAGAAGACUCCGAGCCAGGUACCAGUAAAGACUACUGGGAACCAGCUGUGAAAAAACAAAGACUUCAGGAAAAAAUUCACAUGGAUGAUCUGAGAGAUACAAACAGUAAAAAGAAUGUGAAUCUCCAGUUACACAAGAUGGAGGGCUAUUUACAUGGGCCGACACCCGUCACUCUGUCCCGAUAUACAACUAGUGAAGAUCUUGUUCAAGCAUCAGAGUCAGUGAUGCGUGACGUUGAAUACUGGUCACCUGAUCUCUCAAAUGUACUUCAGGGGUCCCGGGCCAUUGUAAUACUCAGUGAAUUGUCACCAGGAGGGGCAUUAAUGAAAGGAACAAGUCAUCAACAGCUUAAUCAGAUAGUCCCACAAGAUGUUCAGGAGGAAGUGAAGGCUAACUACAGCGCUCUGCUGGAGCUACUCCGACAUUUCUGGACCUGUUUUCCUGUGUCAUCUAAAUCACUGGAGGAAAAGGUUAUACGAAUGAAGUCUACACUAGAGAGGUUUCAAAUGGCAAAGCUUAUUCCCCUAAAGGAACGACUUCAGGAGUACCACUACACACUCAAUCUGACUGGUCAUAUGGAGGAACUACUGGCCACAGCUAACAGGAAGUUUGAUAUGUGGCAGUCCAGGAAGUCCACAGCCAAGAGGUGAAAGGUCAGUCCAUCCGAUUCUGGAAGCAUAAUCCCAUUGUGGACAAUCAAGGCAUUUGUCUGUGAUUUCCCAGUUUAUGUGCAGGAUAUUUUUCAUAACUCAUAUAUUUUUUUGUCCCAGGUGUUUGUUAUUUAAUAAGGUUCACAUCUAUCAUGCAAUAAAUUGCUACUUCCAGA